CAACCUUAUUUUUUGCUUUCUGCUCACUUUCUUUUCUUCCAUCUUUUCUUCCUCUCUUUUCACACCUCCUCCCAUCCCAUCCCCAUCCCCAUUCUCACUCUCUUUACCCCUCCAGCUACUUCCACUCCCACUUCCCUUCCUUUCAAUAACACCCUUCACCCCUCCAUCUCCUGCCCAAUAGCUCUGCCCUAAGCGUCCGGUGCAGCACAGAUCAUAUUUCAGCAUCAUGGUUGCCUUUAACGCCCUGACAACAGAAACCACUUUCACGCCUCCAUCCCUCCGACCCAAACAUGGCCCUUCCCCAGAGAACACCCAAACACUCAUCACUCUUCCAUCCACGCCCUCACCCCCACCAUCGCCUCCACCGCUUCGCUCCUCCUCCUCCUGGACAUCCCCUCGCCGACACCAAAACGAGCAGGACGACGAGGCACAAUACCCCGACCGAGAACCUCUCCUUUCCAAUCAGUCCAACAACAGCAACUCAAAACAGCCGCGGACAAGACACGGAUACACAUCCUCACCACAGCCACAGCGCUCAUCUUCUCCUUCCCCAUGGCGCAACUCUUUUAUCACUGGCAUCCUCAGCUGGAUAUGGGUCUACAUCCACAAUUGUUACAACCGAAUCACUGUAUGGCUAUUCCCCCAUGAGCCCGAGCCAUUGGACCUGCAUUCAACCAUUUUCUUCAUAGCACAGGUCCCAAUGCUUAUCCUGGUCGCUUUCACCUGGAUUCCUUGCUUUGUCGCCUGGCUGCUGGGAAUCCGAACAAGUCAAGCCGGAGAUCGAGACAAGAGUCAAGGAAUGCGCAGGGGUUGGUCAGCUCGUCUGGCUUUGGCGCUUUCGUUUCUCAAGUGUUAUCUUCGCUAUGCGGAACGCCUCACGAUUGAAGAGUGUCAGAGUCGGUCGAGAUCGAUCCCCUUCAUGACCGCUCCAGCAGGCAUCCGGAUCAACAAAGUCAAAAUACCCACAUUUCCGUAUCGAUCGAAGGCCGAGGCUAUUGUAUAUGAUUGUCUGACUGAUCAGGAACGAGCGCUCCUUCCGCAUUUGAACAACGGAAAGACCAGAGAUGGUAAACAGGAACAUGAGCUCUCCGUCAGAGUCCAGCAGGAGACAGACAGGGACAUAGACUUCAUCCAGAAUCAAUAUCAGAAGGAGCAGCAUUCAGCUCAGGGACACGGACAGCGGGAGGAUCAAUUCGCAGAAGGACUGGACGCAGAGUGGUUAGAGUACAUCGGACCAGACGAAAUUGGAGCUGAAACCGGUGCCGACGCUAACAAGGCCGCGGUUCUUUACUUCCAUGGCGGAGGAUACUACACUGGUUCGAAGGAGGAGCACCGCGUGCUGAUCGGUCCGCUUGUGAAACGACUGGGGAAAAAUGUCCGCAUCUUUAUCAUCAACUACAGACUUGCUCCACAGUAUCCCUUCCCAGCGGCAUUAAUCGACGCCUUGUCCUCAUACAUGUGGCUACUGGAUCAGUCUGUCUCCGAAUCCUUCGGCCAAGGUCCCCUCAACAACUCGGGGUCCGGCUCAGGAGUACUCCAUGAUCGCUUUCAACCAAACCAAAUUGUAUUUAUGGGCGACUCUGCAGGAGGAGGAUUAGCCUUGAGUCUCAGUCUACUGCUUAGGGAUCACGGAUCGCUUCCCCAGCCCCUCUCUAUCGUCGCCUGGUCGCCAUGGCUCGACCUCACUCAGGCGCUGCCGUCAUUCAAGGAGAACGCCAUAACAGACUGCAUUCCCUAUGAGGACUUUACACACUCCCAUUCAGCAGUUGUGGAUGAGAUGUUUAGCAUGCAAAGCCAGGAUGUCGAUGUAGAGGAAGAUGGAGCGUAUAACGCGGGACCCAGGAUCAGACAGCGCGCGCAGGUAUAUUGCCCAGACUCAUGCCUGCGGAUGAAAUAUGUCAGCCCGCUCUUCGAGACAGACUUUAGCGGCAUUCCCAGUGUUUUCAUUGUAAGUUCAUCUCUGCCUUCGUUAUGUUCCAACCCGAGUCUUCUAUAUCCGACAUGCCCUAUCCAUAGACACAAAUCAUUAACCCGUCUGGAAUCUUUGGUUUUAGACAUGCGGUUCAGCUGAAAGGUUCGCGAACGAGUGUGUGCUUAUGGCAGCACGACUGGAGGACCAGCAACAACCCUGCAGAAUCGACAUUCACGAGGAUAUGCCCCAUAUCUU